AUGACAUCACUCAAGAAGAAGAGUAGGAGGAAGCCUUCUUCCCAGGCCCUGGGGAAUAUUGUUGGCUGCAGAAUUUCUCACGGGUGGAAGCAAGGUAAUGAGCCUGUCACCCAUUGGAAGGCCAUCAUUCUAGGUCAACUGCCAACAAACCCUUCUCUUUAUUUGGUGAAGUAUGACGGAAUUGACAGUGUCUACGGACAGGAGCUCCACAGCGAUGAGAGGAUUUUAAAUCUUAAGGUCUUGCCUCCCAAAGUAGUUUUUCUUCAGGUGAGGGAUGUCCACCUCGCCAGCGCCCUGGUUUGCAGAGAGGUACAACACAAAUUUGAGGGGAAAGAUGGCUCUGAGGACAACUGGAGUGGGAUGGUGCUAGCCCAGGUGCCAUUCUUACAGGACUAUUUUUACAUUUCCUACAAGAAGGAUCCGGUCCUCUACGUCUAUCAGCUCCUGGAUGACUACAAGGAAGGUAACCUCCACAUCAUUCCAGAGACCCCUCUGGCUGAGGCGAGAUCAGGUGAUGACAAUGACUUCUUAAUAGGUUCCUGGGUGCAGUACACCAGAGAUGAUGGAUCCAAAAAGUUCGGAAAGGUUGUUUACAAAGUUCUAGCCAAUUCUACUGUGUACUUUAUCAAAUUUCUUGGUGACCUACAUAUCUAUGUCUAUACUCUGGUGUCAAAUAUCACUUAA